AGCCCGGCCCGGCCCGGCCGGUGCCGCCCGCGGCUGCCUCCGCUGGAACCCUCCCCUGAAAACCCCCGCUGGAAACCUCUCCUAAAGCCUCCCCUGAGGUCCUGAGGGGCAGCCCGGGCUCCUGAGGGGCAGCUGGAGCUCCGAGCCCUGCCGAGGACGAUCCCCGGUGCUCCGGCAUCCCCGGUGCUCUCACAGCGGCAGGACGGGAAGGACGGAGCCUCCGCAUCCCCACAGGAGAAUUCCCGUGCUCUAGAGAUGUGUCCGAGCUCAUGGACAAGGUAGGGCUGGGCUUGGAUACUCAGGAGAGGAAAGAGCCUCAGGACUUUGCUGUGAUCAUGGCAGAUGCCCCAGAAGGGGCCGAUCCUCAGUGCCCGGCGCUAAUUUGUGCCUGAAGCCGCCGGACCUGCCCAGGACUCGCCGGAACCUCCCGGGAGAGGCACAGAGCUUUGGAUUUCUCCAAGAAAAUACUGCUGGCACUCAGCUGAAAACGUGUGCUCCUUGAAAGGGGCAGCUCCAUUCCUCCCUGGGUGUCUCCUCCUGCCCUGAGGAUCCGUGGGGGACAGCAGGGCUGGCAGCUCGGGCUCUGCUCCAUGACCAACACUCAGCUCUGCAGGGAAGCCAUGGACUCCCCCCCGGCCUCCUCCAGCCCUGCUGCAGGGCCUGUCACCUUCUCCCAGGUGUUUGGGCAGCAGUGCCAGCUCAUGGAAGCAGCUGUUGAAUCACUGCAUUCCCUGAAUGACCAGAUCUCCCACUUCAUUGUCAGCAAGUCAAAAACCCUGGAUGAGGAUGAAGAUGCCUUUUUGCCCAGUGAGAAGGAGUCUCUGAAAAGUGCCAUGAGGCUGAUGAGGCACCUCCUGAUGGAUGCACAGCGCUGCUGCGGGAGGAGGUGGCCCAGCUGCAGGAGGAGGUGCACCUGCUCCGGCAAAUGAAGGAAAUGCUGAGCAAGGACCUGGAGGAGACCCACGGCAGCAAAUCCCCAGAGGUGCUCUCGGCCACCGAGCUGAAGGUGCAGCUGGCACAGAAGGAGCAGGAGCUGGCACGUGCCAAGGAGGCUCUGCAGGCCAUGAAAGCCGACCGCAAGCGCUUGAAGGGGGAGAAGACAGACCUGGUGAGCCAGAUGCAGCAGCUGUACGCCACGCUGGAGAGCCGGGAGGAGCAGCUCCGCGACUUCAUCCGCAACUACGAGCAGCACAGGAAAGAGAGCGAGGACGCGGUGAAGGCCCUGGCCAAGGAGAAGGAUCUCCUGGAGCGGGAGAAGUGGGAGCUGAGGCGGCAGGCCAAGGAGGCCACGGACCACGCCAGCGCCCUCCGCUCCCAGCUCGACCUGAAGGACAACCGCAUGAAGGAGCUGGAGGCCGAGCUGGCCAUGGCCAAGCAGUCGCUGGCUACGCUGACCAAGGACGUGCCCAAGCGCCAUUCCUUGGCCAUGCCGGGCGAGACGGUGCUGAACGGCAACCAGGAGUGGGUGAUGCAGGCUGACCUCCCGCUGACCGCCGCCAUCCGGCAGAGCCAGCAGACCCUCUACCACUCACACCCCCAGCACUCGGCAGACCGGCAAGCAGUCAGAGUGAGCCCCUGCCAUUCCCGGCAGCCGUCCAUCAUCUCCGACGCCUCGGCGGCCGAAGGUGACCGGUCAUCCACGCCGAGUGACAUCAACUCCCCCCGGCAUCGAACGCACUCACUCUGCAACGGGGACAGUCCUGGACCGGUACAGAAGAACUUGCACAAUCCAAUCGUACAGUCUCUAGAAGACCUGGAAGACCAAAAACGGAAAAAGAAGAAAGAGAAGAUGGGCUUUGGCUCCAUCUCCAGGGUGUUUGCCCGGGGGAAGCAGCGCAAGUCCCUCGAUCCCGGGCUCUUCGACGGGACGGCCCCCGACUACUACAUCGAGGAGGACGCGGACUGGUGACGGCGCCAGAGCCUCUCCCGGCCCUGCACAUGUACAUAUCCCCACCCACAGCCCGUCCCACCUGUGGACCUGUUACCUGUUGUCUUGGGAGCGAUGCAGCUGUGUCGUAACUUCAGUUUUUUCCCUUUUUUCCCAUGGUUUUUUUUGUUGAUUUUUUUCCAUCCUGAUAACUCCUUUGUUGUCGCCUCAGUUUGUCCGUUUGGGUUGGGGUUUUUUUUUUCUUGUUUUGGGAGGGUUUUUUUGUUCUUUUUUUCUUGUUCUUUUGACAAAACUUGAAACUUGAAGGACUGCUGUGUCUCUGUAAAUACGAGAAAUAUUGUGCACUUUGUGCUUGUGAUGUCUCUUGUCCGAAACCGCUGUUUUCCGGAGCCCAGCCUGCGGGAUGUCCUCGCUUGGGGACGAAGGACCUGCCCAGCUGAGGGAUCUUAGAGAGAAAACACACAAAAACAACACCAAGAAAAUCUCCUUCGCUGUGAUGUCUUCCUGGCCGAGCCCCGCGGAGGCGACCCGGGCUGGUUGUUACGCCUGCCGGUCUGGAAAUAAGUGUUUUAACGUUCCUUUUUAGUUGUUUUAAUUUAUUUGCACAAACCCAGAGGAGCUAUUCUAACUAAAUUAUUGCAGAAGUUUUGGGAUUUUUAUAUUUUUCCACGUCGGUUGGGAUGGGGCGGGGAGGAGGAAGGGGGUGUUUGUACUGUACUGUCCUGGGAUGUUGCUGUUGGGGGAGAUUGGGGCUGUGGACCCCCCAGCCCGGGCUCCCUCAGCUGCCCCAGGAGCACUUAACGCCUUGGAAAACGCAAACCUAAACACAUGCCGGGAGAUCAGAUGGGGGCAAGCUGGUGGGAGCUUUGCCCGCUGUUUUUCCCUGCUUUUGAGGGGUGCUCACCCUUUGCUUCAAGUAAAUUUUAGGGGGAUCCGGCACGAGCUGGGAGAAAGGUGAUAUCCCAGAUAUCCCGUAUCCCAAGAUGUUGCUCAGAUAGGGCCGGCCACCCCGCUCCAGUUUGGGGUGUUACUGCCGUCACAGGGGGCUGGGGAAAUCGGUACGAGUCCCCACUAGGGAGGUUUUUCUGGCUCUGGGGUGAUUUGGAAGCACAGGUGGAACUUGUUUUUCCAAAUUCCUUGGAAAUGCCCCCAAACCACCCCCCGGUGCGGCAGCCACCUCCCCUCUCCACUAACACGUGCCGCGCUCUGCUUAUGCCAAGAUAAGUACCUUAUGCUUUAAUGCUUACAGUAUAAUUUUAAGCUCUUAAAAAAAAAUGUAUUAAGAUUUAUUUAAUGAACUAUAAUAGUGUAUUAUUUUUCUUAAUUCUGAUACUUGCGCCCUGGUUGAAAAAAAUAAGGGUAUUUUGUCUUAAAUCACCGAACUAAACCGAUGCCCUCGCGCUGUAUAUUCCAUUCCAAGGGAUGAUGCAGAGAGGCCAUGGAGGGGGUGACAGAGGGACCAACCCCCCCAGGCUCUCCUGGGGUGGCAGACUAGGCUUUGCCCCAUGGUAUCUUUUCUCUGCAGAGAAGCAUUUUUAUAUAUUUUGUUGUUUUUUUGGGUUCUGUUCUGUUUUUUUUUCUUUGUUCUCCUUGCGUUUUUUAUAAUUUAAACUCUAAACCACCAGAACAGAUGAGUGAUCUCCUUGUUAUCGAGUAGUUUCCUUUGCAUUUCAGCUUUUUUGUAAAUUAGGAAGUAAUUCUAAAAAUUACUAAGAGGAUGAUUUAUUUAAAAGAGAACUUUGCUAAAUAGCAUAUGAAUUAUGGGUAACAUUAGAUUUAACUUUUCCCCCUGUGAGCGGGGGAGAAUCCUUGAAGGCAUGGAUGCAAAUAUAAAAUUAUAAAAGAUCUAAAUAAAGCUUAUUUUAAAGUA